AUGAAUCUGUUGUUUGAUGACAAAGGGGCCUUAGAGAUUGCUGAUCUAUAUAGGGUUCAUUUACGUGUUGAAGUCUUUAUUCAACACCCAUUGUCACAGCCUGAGUAUGUUGAUGAGAGUGAAGUUAUUUUAGAUGAGAUACCCCUGAAUGUAAUGGAAGAUGAUGCAGUUAGACAAAAUGAGGUAAGUGAGGAUGCUGUUGGACAAAAGGAGGCAAGUGAAGAUGUUGUUAUACAGAAGGAGGCAAUUGAAGAUGUUGUUGGACAGAAGGAGGCAAGUGAAGAUGUUGUUAUACAGAAUGAGGCAAGUGAAGAUGAUGUUGGACAGAAGGAGGCAAGUGAAAAUGUUGUUGGACAGAACGAUGAUGAUAGUUCUGAUGAUGAUAGCUCUGAUGAUAGUAGCUUUUCGUAUGAUAGUGCAAAGGAGGUUGUAUUUGAUGAUGAAACUGAUGACUGUGAUACUGACUUGGAAGAGGAAGAAGGUAUGGCAGAAGUAACUGAUCUCUGUGAAACUGAACCAAAUAAAGAAGAUAGUAAAGGAAGUGAUAAAGGAAGUGAUAAAGGAAGUGAUAAUGAAAGUGAGGAUCUUGUAAGUGAUUGUGAUAGUGAAGAUAGCAAUACUACCAAGAGAAAGAAGUAUCCCAUUUUCAAGCUUCUAAAGGAUAUGUCCAAUUACAAAUGGGAAGUGGGUACAUAUUUUAGUACAAAAGAAGAUAUCAAGGAAACAGUUACCUCUUAUGCAGUCCAAUCUGGCAGAAAUUUAAAGUACAUCAAAAAUGACAAGAUAAGGGUUAGGGUUAGGUGUAAGGAUGGAUGUGAAUGGGAAGGUUAUUGGGCUAAGUUGGAUGUUGAGGAUACUUGGCAACUAAGAAAGGUGAUAGACACCCAUAGUUGUAGUAGAGAAUAUCAUGUGAAGUUGUUGAAGACUAAAUGGCUUAGCAAGAGGUUGCAGAAUGCACUUAAAACCAACCCUAGAUUGAAGCUUAAGGACAUUAAGGAAAAGGUGCAGAGGAAGUGGAAUGUGGGGGUCAACAAAACCAAGGCUAUAAGGGCUAGGUUUGCAGCAAGAGACAUGGUUGAUGGGUCAUUCUUAGGGGAUUAUACAAGGAUUUAUGACUAUGCACAUGAGUUGUUAAGAUCUAACCCAGGGUCAACUGUGAAAGUACAUGUCCAACCAGCUCAAGAAGGUAGUGGUGUUCAGAAAUUACACUUCAAAAGGAUUUACAUAUGCUUGGCAGCUUGUAAGGAAAGCUUCAGGUUAAGUAGACAUUUCAUAGGGCUUGAUGGAUGUUUUUUGAAAGGGAUUUGUGGAGGUCAAAUCCUGUCAGCCAUAGGCAGAGAUCCCAAUGAUCAAAUGCUACCAAUAGCAUAUGCAGUAGUGGAGAGUGAAAACAAGGAAAGUUGGACAUGGUUCUUGGAGCUGCUUAUUGGUGAUCUAGGUGGAAGAGAAGAGUGUCUCACAUACACUUUUAUUUCUGAUCAACAAAAGGGAUUAUUGCCUGCAAUGGAGGAACUGCUGCCUACAGUUGAACAAAGAUUCUGUGUUAGGCAUCUCUACAACAACUUUAGGAAGAGAUUUCCAGGAAAAAAACUAAAGGAAAUUAUAUGGAAGGCAUCCAAAUCAACUUACUACCAAGCUUGGGAAAGAGAGAUGAAAGUUAUGAAACAUAUCAAUGGAGAAGCAUACAAGCACAUGAUGUCUACCCCUCCAAGGUUUUGGAGCAGAUCAUACUUCAAGACUCAUAACAAAUGCGAUGCAGUUCUCAAUAAUAUGUCAGAAUCCUUUAAUAGUGUUAUUUUGGAGUCAAGGGCCAAGCCAUUAAUAACCAUGGUGGAAGAAAUUAGGAUAUACAUGAUGGAGAGAUGGGCUACAAACAGGAUGAGGUUUCAGAAAUUGACAGAUGUAGAAGUCUUGCCAAACAUUAUGAAAAAGGUUGAGAAAACAAGUUCAUUCACAAACAUGUGGCUUCCCAGGAUGUCUGAUGAGCAUAUGUUUGAAGUGAGGCAUCUGGAAAAUUCUGCUGAAAAAUUCACUGUAAACUUGAAGGAAAAAAUCUGUUCAUGCAGAAGAUGGGAGCUAACAGGCCUACCAUGUGUUCAUUCACUUGCAGCAAUCAAGAAUAGGAACCAUAGGAUUGAUGAAUACAUUCCUGAUUAUUACAGGAAAUCUAGGUAUUUGCAAGUGUACAAACCUGUCAUAUUCCCUGUUAAUGGCUCAAACCUAUGGGUUACAACUGAGUACCCUGAUGUUAUGCCACCCAAAUUCAGGAAAAUGCCUGGAAGGCCAAAGAAAAGGAGGAAUUUAGAGCAAGGUGAGCUAGAUGGUACUGAUAAAAAGAUGAGAAGAACAGGAUUCAUUAUAAAGUGUAGCAGGUGUAAGCAGGUAGGUCACAACAAGCUUACUUGUAAGGUGCCUUCUACUAGUCAGACACAUGUAGCUCAACCAUCUGUACCACAAGCACCAUCUGUACCACAAGCACCAGUGCCUUCUCAACCAUCUCAAGCAUCUGUACCAGUGCCUUCUCAACCAUCUCAAGCAUCUGUACCAGUGCCUUCUCAACCAUCUCAAGCAUCUGUACCAGUGCCUUCUCAACCAUCUCAAGCAUCUGUACCAGUGCCUUCUCAACCAUCUCAAGCAUCUGUACCAGUUCCUUCUCAACCAUCUCAAGCAUCUGUACCAGUGGCAUCAUCUGUACCAGUGGCAUCUGUACCAGUGGCAUCUCAAGCAUCUAAGUCAGUUCCUGGUCAAGGUUCUCAGGCAUCUCAAUCUAAAUCAUCCAAAAAGUUGUCAGUUAGAAGGCCAAAUACACCAUUUGUCCCAUCUCAAGCAUCUAAGUCAGUUCCUGGUCAAGCUUCUCAGCCAUCUCAAUCUAAAUCAUCCAAAAAGUUGUCAGUUCGAAGGCCAAAUGCACCAUUUGUCCCACCAGGUCCAACAACGAGGUUAAAGGCAUCAAUAACUGUUGUAGGUCCAACAACAAGAAGGACAACACCAACUAAAAGAGCAGCACCAAAGUGGAAACCUUAG